AUGAAUAAAUUUAAUAGAGAAGAAUUUCUUUUUUUAGCCAAAAUUGCUUAAUAAACAGAAAGAUUUAAUGACAUGAUAGAAUUUAUUAAACAUUUCAUUGAUUAAGAACUUAAUAAAGAAGAAAGAAGUAUAUUAUCUGCUGCAUAUAAAAAUGUGGUAAUUAAAUUAUCUAUUGCUUUAUUAUUAGGUUGGUAAUAAAAGAGCUGAAUUAAGAGUCUUAACUGCUAUUGAAUAAAAAGAAUCAAGAAAAUAAACUGAUUAAUAUACUCUCAACUAUAUUAGAAAUUAUAAACAUAAAAUAGAGGGAGAAUUAAAAAGUUCUUGUGCAGAAAUUUUAAAUCUAAUAGACAGCACUUUAUAUCCUAAUGCCAAGUAAGUUGAUAGUAAGGUUUUCUAUUUAAAGAUGAAAGGAGACUAUAAUAGAUAUCUUUCUGAAUUUUUAUUAGACAAUGAAUAUCAUGGAGCUGUUGAAUAAGCAACUUAAGCUUAUAAGUAUAAAUUAUAUUAAUAAUUAGAGAUGCUGAUAUUUUGGCUAAAUCAAAUUUAUCUACUACAUCUCCUAUUAGAUUAGGGUUACAUCUAAAUCAAUCUGUUUUUUAUUAUGAAAUUUUAUAAAAUCCAACAGAAGCAAUAAGAAUUGCUAAUGAGGCUUUUGAAUAAGCAAUUGCUUAAGUUGACACUGUAAAUGAAGAAAAUUAUAAGGAUUGCACACUUAUCAUGUAAUUAUUAAGAGAUAAUCUUACAUUAUGGAAUAAUCCCGAAGAAGAAGCAAAUGAUGAUCAAUGA